GAACCCAAACCUAAAUACAUCAGUCAUUAACAGAUAUCACCUCACACAAAGGAAAAUGUUUAUGUGGGAUUUGUGGACACUUGCUUGCACACAUUGUACCCUGGGAUUACUUUCAUAGCACAUGUUGACUUGUUCUGGAUAUCAGUACCUGGAAAAACUACCAUUUUUAGCUUAAAGUCCUUGUUUCUCCUUCCAUCCCUCUGCUGGCUUGGCAGGCACGUUGGUUGAAAAUCUCAAACACAGAUCCCUUUUUUCCACUAUUGGCAAGACAAUAAUUCUAAACUGGAAAUCAAAGAAACCUACCUCGGGACGAAGCCAUUCAUUAAAAAAAACAAAAAACAAAACAAAACAUUAAUAUUGCUGUAUAACCAAUAAAAUAAAUAAGAGAUAAUAUUAUGUAUUGCACAGUUGCUGUUCUCUUGCAUUUGUUUGCAAUAAAAACAGUUCUAAAAAAUUAUAAUAUAAGCAACUAGUUUAAGUCUUGUAUGACGUUUUGUAAGUCUUUUAUUUUUAUUGUUUUCUACGUUUUCCUCAAGCAUUCACGCAAUUCCUCAACGACGCGUAAAAAGCCAGAUGUUUUUUGGUCCUGCUGACUUCCCAUAUCCACCAACCAGCAGCAGUUAGCUGGUGCGCAUUCUGUCUUCGUCCCGUUCAGCUGGACCAAUAUAACUGCUUCAUUCCUCAUGUCAGUCCAGGCUGGCUGUGAGCAUGUCUUCUCUCAUUUUACCCCGGAUUCUCCCACCGUGCUAACCGACUGGCUUUAACUCCCAGUGAGUUAGCUGGUGCUCGGCUAGCAGCGAACCGAGCUGCUAAAGGCUGGAGCGAUGCUUGUGGGAUGCAGCUGAAGUGCUGUUCGGCCUGGCAAAGAUGACGUGCCUACUGCGCCUGGGUGAUGUUCCUCUGUCAGCAGGAGGUAGAACAUGGAAACCAGGGACGAGUGGACAAAAGAACCGAGCGCUCACGAACUUCUGAAGCCGGAGUUGCUUUGCAGACACAAUGGGAGAAUCGGCUCUUGUCCUAAUGUAAGAAUGAGUAGGAGCGAGCAUACUAACACAAGGCAUGUCCCUGUGGCCCUCACCCCCCAGCUACCUCUUAGAGCCCAUCGGCCCCUGUGUGCGUCGGUCUCCUCCGACAGCAGUGGCCGCUUCAAGGCUCUGGAGACUCAGGAGUGGAAGAACAACCUUAAAGCUCAGAUGGAGCUGGCCCACAGUGCAGGAGCUGCCAGCAGCACAGGUUCUCUAGAGCGAGCAUCGAUGUUCUGUGCCUCAGCAUCUACCACGUUGUCCAGCUCUGGCCUGCCCAGCCCUGUGGAGAUCUUCAACAAGAGUAAAUCCUCCAGCCGCUUCUCUCUGUUCUCUCCACCAUGGAACAGCAGCUCGGAAUCAGACUCGAAUCCCCCGUCACGCACUGGCUCCAAGAAGCUGCGCAAUUACAGUAGGAGAGCUGCCACAGGGCCGGCUGGAGCCAGGGCCCCUGAUGUGCUUGAGCCCAAACCAAGCGGCCCAGAACACUUCCAGUACUCUGAACCGGUCAUUUCCAAAGUGACAGAUUACAUCUACGUUGGCAACCUGAAUGCAGCAUACAAUGGACGUACACUGUGUCGUAACAAUAUUGACAGCAUCAUUGACAUGAGCAGUGUGCCUGGAGAGCCAGCCCCCUCCCUCAGCCUCAUCCCCUGCACCUGCUCCCGCGGUUCCCGGCACUGCUGGUCCCGCCUCAAGGUGGACAUUGGGGACAUGCCGGACACUCUGGCUGACCACCCAGCUCUCAAGCACUGCUGCUUUGAAGACAUCAACGAGUGCAUAAACGCGUCCACGGAGAAGAGGAAGCGUGUUCUAGUCCACUGUCGGGACGGUUUCUCUCUGGCACCGAUGUGUAUCAUACAGUAUCUGAUGGUGAAGCAGAACAUGAGGCUAAUUGCUGCUUAUGAGCUGCUGAGGGCCAAGUACCCGGUCAACAUCAAAGAACGCCACCAGAACGUUCUAGUGAGCCUGGAGAGAGCUCUGUGGCCUGGCGGUGAAGUUGACCCCGAGUGCUUCAAACAGGCUCUCUCCCGCAAAGUGGCCUGGACAUGAUGCAUCUUACAGUCUACUUGGCUGUUACUUUCCUUGGUUUUUGACAUUUUCCACUAAAACAACCAACUUGUCCCUCUGGAUAUUGUUGGACCUUCUUUUAAUUCAUUUGGUAAAGAUGAGUAAUUUCCAUGUUUUUCAAAUCUUUAAAUGGAAUCUGGUUGUGACUUUCUUCUCCAUCUUUUCUGGACAGGACAUGCAAUAGCCCCUUGAUUUGACAGUGUUUUAUUUGGGGCUGUACAGUGGGCUUUUCCCUGUUUCAGUUCUAUGUCAUGCUUCUGUGCUGUUUCUCUAUAUCAGGGCAAAUUUUCAGUGGGAUUUCUCAGGAGACUGUUGAUGUCAAAGUGAUGCAGCGUUUAAAUUCUUCUUUUGCGACAUUCACAAAUAGAAGAUGCCUCGGAAUACUGGGAGUAUUUUAUGGUGAAAGUCGAAGUUUAGACAUUAAUCUCAGCUAAGUUGUGCGGAUAAUCUAAGUGGAGCAAAAUGUCCACAGACCAAAACUAAGAUGAUGGAGAUGUGCAUUAAGAACAUCUAAACAGAGAAAUUUUAGACAUGGUAAGCAUGCCAGUGGUUGACCCAUACAAGUUUUUUAUUGUCUGGUGCUGACUGUGGAUCAGUGGUUCCCAGCCUUUUUUCUAGUGAUUUGUUUCUGUGAACCAGUACUGUCAUACAGGAUUCUGCUGCAGAGUUUUAUACCAUCAGUUUUACGACCUCAGCAAUUGCAACAUGCAAGUUGUUCUGUGGUUACGUCUGGUUAUGAAGGAUUUGCGUUCUGCUUGUUCUGAUUGUUGUAGUUGUGCAUUGUAGGAGCAUUAUUUUCUUCACUGCAAGGAGAGCAACAUUGACUUUAGCACUUCACAACCAGUGAUAAUGACUUCUCAGCUCCUUAGAGCCAUAACUAGUGGUAGACUAGAUUUUGUCAUAAUCAUGUCUGAACCUGUCUAUUGCAUAGCUUGACAUAAUGGUCCAAAUGUGUUUGCAUUUAUAGAUCUCAUAUAAAUUACAUUAAUGAAAUCUGUCCAAAUUAGUUGUUCCUAUGCUUUAAUUACCAUCAGUACCAUCAUUUUGCUAUAUUGUAAGAGCAAAGCUGCACAAGCUAAAAGUAACAGCUGUUACCAUUGGCUAGUCUUUUGGACUAAAACUGAUGUGGUGGGUUACACAGUGGAGGUACCAAGAGAAACGGGGUCGAGACUUUAUUGAAGGGAGCUGGUGAUGCACCGAGACAUUCAUUCCACUGCCUGAUGAAAAUUUAACGUGUGUGUGUGUGUGUGUGUGUGUGUGUGUGUGUGUGUGUGUGUGUGUGUGUGUGUGUGUGUGUUCUAGCAUUUGUUACAGUGUAAGGCCCAUGUUCCCCAACAUGUACUACGUUGUGAGGACCCACUACUCCUAAUAGGGCCCCCCC